GCAUCGCUUGCUCCCCAGCGCGCGCGCUCGCUGCCAGCCGCUCGGGGCCGACGAAGAGUGGCGGCGAGCGCGAGCGGGUAAGCGCACGGAGAGGAGCGGUGGCGCGGGGAGGGACGACAGGCGGGCGUGGCGCUGCUGGUGGACGUAAAAGGCUGCACGUUUUCGCUUGGUGCAUGUGGUGUCCAAUCUCCUUGGCAUACCG